AUGACGAUCGCUCGAACUGUGUCGCCGGCGCUGGCAAUUGUCUUCAGGUUCCUGCGAUCUGACCGUGAUCUGACAGGAACACCGGGCACUGCUCACCACGUCCUCCCUAGCCGACUGUGUGGAGGUACGCUGACGCAUGCAGCCGCUCCCGCAGGUGGUGUUGAUGCCAUCGCGUCGAUGUCGCCCACGCCUGCAGUGCCCUUCUCCAAUGGCAGCACGGCUGCCCGUAUAGCCAUCAUUUUUUCUGAUGUUUGCUUUCUGUCUCUCCCCACAGGCGCCUCGUCGGGUAUCGGCGAAGGAACGGCGCUGUACUUCGCUUCUCUCGGCUGCUGGCUUUCGCUGACUGCAAGAAACAAGCAGUCUCUGGAGCGAGUUGCCAAGGAGUGCUGCGCCAAGGGGAUUCCCUGUGACAAGGUGAUCAUUGUACCUGGUGACAUAUCCGUGGAGAAGGACGUUGCUGCUGUGGUGGAGAAGACUGCAAAGCACUUUGGAAAAAUUGACAUUCUCGUAAACAAUGCUGGUAUGACCAUGCAAGGUACAAUUGAUAGCACUACGACGCAAGACUACAACCGCAUCUGGGACACAAACUUUCAGGGCCCGCUUUGCAUGAUGAAGAACGCUCUUCCAUACUUGCGUAAAACCAAAGGUAGCAUCGUGAAUAUCUCAAGUGUUGCGUCGACGAUUGUGGUCAAAGGUUUGACCCCUUACUGUUUGACCAAAGCGGCACUGGACCACCUGACACGAUGCGCUGCUUUAGAGAAUGCUUCCUUUGGAGUGCGUGUCAACACAAUCAACCCCGGUGUCAUCAGAACAACCUUGGCGUUAAAACCUGGAGAUAAUGUGGACGAAUACAUGGAGGCUAUGGAGAAAAAGACCGGUGCCGCUCAUGCUUUGGGAAGAACUGGGACGCCGGACGAGGUGGCGCGCUGCAUCGCCUUCCUGGCUUCGGACGACGCCUCGUUUGUCACGGGCAUAUCGAUGCCCGUAGACGGGGGCAUGCUGCUGAUGUCCUCCCUGUCGCAGGGCACCCCUUUUGAGUAGAAUAAGUGGACUGCGUAAGGGACAGAUUCGACACUCCGUCGAUGCUUGGUAAAACUGUAGCAGGCAAAAGGAACGAAUGACACAGCUAGUUUAGAAACAAUGCUUGUUUCCAAACAACAUGUAUACACGGUUCUUUGUGGGUGCAACAGCUUUACCAUGAAUAAUUACUAACUGACCGAGCCUUCAGUUACUCAGUCGAUGUCCGGGGGCUGAUUCGAUAAACACAGCUUUGCUAUUUGUCCGCUCUCGGCCUUUUGAUGUUUAAAGCGCGGAAUAAAGACCUAGGCUGCGUGCAGCGUA